AUGCAAGAAUCUAUAAUGGAAGCGUCGCAAUUGAAUGCGAACCACUGGAGCUUCCUUGGAGUGUUCUUUCCGGAUUUAGUUGCUGAGCAUGGAAUCGGAGCUUCCCUUGCGAUGACAGAGAAGCUUCAUAAGGGCGGUAGCACUAAUUCGACCAAAGGACAUCAGGUCAAUUUCGGAUCUCUUAUAUCUUGUAGCUCUAAGGAAGGAUGGGGCCCUAUUUCGAACAGAUACAGUGACUUUACGCCAUGCUUCUUGACUAGCUUGUUUCUUGCCUCAUCGUUGUUUAUGAUUAUCUUCGGUUCAUUACAAAUUCGUUCCUUACGAAACAAGAAAGCCACCAUUAGUAAUAAAAUCACCUGGGCUUUUUACUUGAAAUUGAUUUUGAUCGUUUUCCAGCUCAUCUUUGCCUUGGCCCUGUUUAAGUCGGAAGCCAUUGUCACCGGUUGGGACAUCACUGGGUUGGCUUGGAUUGCCCAAGUCGCUGCUAUUGUCGUUGCCUUUGGUUUACACUAUGUCGAGCAAUUUAUGUCUGUUAUCCCCAACGGAGUCUUGUUAUUCUUUUGGUUAUUCCAGGGUAUCUUAGGCGUCAUCAAAAUUGCCAAUUUAAGUGUCAGAAGCGAACUGAAGCUCGACGUCUUUGUUGUAUUUUUGCUUGUUAAUGCCACUUUGAUUUUAUCAAUCGAGUUAUACAUCCCCCAACAACCAAGAAACUUAGUUGCUCAGGCUGCUAUCAAGAGAAUUUCUCCCUAUGAUGUUGCAAAUAUCUUCUCCAAGAUUACUUUCAACUGGAUGGCCCCAUUGAUGAGAAAGGGUUACGAACAUUUCUUAACUGAGUAUGACCUCCCAGUCUUACCUCAUGAAUUAAAGCUGAAGGUUGUAACAGAGCAGUUUUCCAAGAAUUGGGACUCUCAAGGCCAAAACCCAUCUUUAGUCUCUGCUAUUGCUAAGACUAUUGGGGGCCAAUUCUUGAUGAGUGGUUUCUUCAAAUUUGUUCAAGAUUCGUUAUCCUUUGUUCAACCUCAGUUACUUAGAUUGUUGAUUAUUUUCGUAAAGGACUAUUCAGAGCUGAUCGAAGAUGGUGGUGAGCCUCUCCCAUUAACUAAAGGUUUUAUGAUUGCUUUUGCCAUGUUCGUUGUUUCAGUCUCACAAACCGCAGCUUUACAUCAAUAUUUCCAAAGAGCAUUUGACGUUGGUAUGCAAAUAAAAUCUGCCUUAAUUAGUAGAAUUUACAAAAAAUCUUUAAUUCUUUCAAAUGAAGCCAAACAGCAAUCGAAUACUGGUGACAUUGUCAAUCUUAUGUCUGUGGACACACAAAGAUUGCAAGAUUUAUUCCAAAACUUGCAAAUGGUUUGGUCUGGACCUUUGCAAAUUAUCUUAUGUUUGAUUUCGCUUCAUGGUGUUUUAGGUCCAUCUAUGUGGGCUGGUGUAGUAAUCAUGAUUAUUAUGGUUCCAUUGAACACAGCAAUUGCCAAAUAUCAAAAGAAAUUACAAAAGGCUCAAAUGGGCUACAAAGACGAAAGAUCAAGAUUAACAAGUGAAAUCUUAAAUAAUAUUAAAUCGUUGAAGCUUUACGGUUGGGAAAAACCAUACUUAUCUAAAUUGUAUCACGUCAGAAAUGACAAGGAAUUGAAAAAUUUAAGAAGAAUGGGGAUUUUCCUGGCUGUUAGUACUUUCCUGUGGACUUUCGCUCCUUUCUUAGUCAGUUGUUCUACCUUUGCAGUUUUUGUAAUUUUCGAAAAGGAUAGGACUUUGUCUACUGAUAUUGUGUUCACAAGUUUGAGUUUGUUCAACUUGCUUUCAUUUCCAUUAGCUGUGUUCCCAAUGACAAUUACCAACAUUGUUGAAGCCCAAGUUGCCAUUUCAAGAUUGACAAAGUUUUUGACUGCCACCGAGUUACAAAAAGAUGCUGUUCAGUACUCAAAUUCCACUUCCGGAGGUAAUGUUUCUAUCAAGAAUGGAACUUUUCUCUGGACCAAAUCAAACAAUAGUGAAAAUUAUAAGGUUGCUCUUUCUCAAAUUAACCUUGAUGUAUCCAAGGGUGAUUUAGAUUGUAUAGUUGGUAAAGUUGGUUCUGGUAAAUCUUCCAUUAUUCAAGCCAUUUUGGGUGACUUAUACCGUUUGGAAGGUGAGGUAAAGGUAAACGGUAACAUUGCAUACGUUUCUCAAGUUCCAUGGAUCAUGAACGCUACCGUAAGAGAAAAUAUUCUCUUCGGUCAUAAAUAUGACCCUGAAUUUUAUGCUACAGUUCUUGAAGCAUGUGCCCUCGCUGUUGAUUUGAAGAUUUUACCAAAAGGAGACAAAACUGAAGUUGGUGAGAAGGGUAUUUCUCUUUCUGGUGGUCAAAAAGCGAGAUUAUCCUUAGCAAGAGCUGUCUACGCCAGAGCUGACAUCUAUUUAUUGGAUGAUCCAUUAUCUGCUGUAGAUGAACAUGUUGGAAAGCACUUAAUUAACAAUGUUUUGGGCCCUGAAGGUUUGUUGAACACCAAGUGUAAAAUUUUGGCUACAAACAACAUUGGUGUCUUAAGUAUUGCUACUAAUAUCCAUAUGAUCAGCGAUGGUAGAAUCAUUGAACAGAGUACUUAUGAAGAAAUCAUGAAGAAACAAACAAAAUCUGCUUUAAGAUCAUUAAUUGAAGAAUAUGGUAGAAAGUCUGCAACAAAGGCUACCAAAGAGGAAAAAAUCUCUGAAGAAAAUGUACUUGAAGAACAAGUUGAUGACGAAAUUGAAACUUUUGGUGGUGAAGGUGUCGGAAAAACUGGUGUGUCCACUGGUUCAGACAACAGAUCCUUAAGGCGUGCAUCUCUCGCACCUUUAGAUGAUGAUGACAUUAUUGAAGAAGAAAUUGAAGAUGCUGACGCUUUGUUGCGUAAGGAACACAUCGAACAAGGGAAGGUUAAAUGGGAAGUAUAUCUCGAAUAUGCCAAGGCAUGUAACCCUUACUCAGUUCUCCUUUACGCAGUAUUCACUGUUUUCUGUAUGUUCUCUAAUGUUUUUUCUUCGAUUUGGCUUAAACAUUGGUCUGAAGUGAAUUCAGAACAUGGAUAUAACCCUCAAAUUUUCUUCUAUUUGGGAAUUUACUUUGGAAUUGGUUUAUUGUCAUCAGGAUUGAGUUUGGCUCAAAAUUGUAUCAUGUGGAUUUUCUGUACUAUUCAUGGAUCAACUAUUUUGCAUAAUAACAUGGCAAUCAGUGUUUUAAGAGCCCCAAUGUCAUUUUUCGAAACGACUCCAAUUGGCCGUAUUUUAAACAGAUUUUCAAAUGAUGUUUAUAAAGUUGAUGAAAUCUUGGGUAGAGUGUUUGGUAUGUUUUUCUCAAACUCUGUUAGAGUUCUUUUCACACUUUCUGUUAUCUUAUUCUCAACAUGGCAAUUUGCUUUUAUGUUACUCCCAAUUGGUGUUUUGUACGUCUACUAUCAGCAAUAUUACUUGAAAACAUCCAGAGAAUUGAGAAGAUUGGAUAGUGUAUCAAGAUCUCCAAUAUUUGCCAAUUUCCAAGAAUCCUUGAAUGGUGUUUCUAUUAUUCGUGCUUAUGGUCAACAAGACAGAUUUGCAUACCUUAAUGAAAAUAGAAUUGAUAGGAAUUUAAGUGCUUAUCAUCCAUCAGUAAAUGCUAAUCGUUGGUUAGCUGUGAGAUUAGAGUUCUUAGGUUCCCUUAUAAUCUUAGGAUCAGCAGGUUUAUCUAUUUUAACUUUGAAGAAUGGACAUCUUACUGCAGGUCUUGUUGGGUUAUCAGUGUCUUAUGCAUUACAAAUUACUCAAGCCUUGAAUUGGAUUGUUAGAAUGACAGUUGAAGUGGAGACUAAUAUUGUGUCUGUUGAAAGAAUUUUAGAAUACUCGAGAUUGACACCAGAAGCCCCAGAAAUUAUCCCUGAUAACAGACCAGAAGGGAACUGGCCAGCAAACGGUGAAGUCGUUUUCAAGAACUACCUGACCAAAUAUAGACCAGAGUUAGAUCUUGUCUUGAAAAAUAUUAACAUUUCUAUUAAUGCCAGAGAAAAGAUUGGUAUCGUUGGUAGAACUGGUGCAGGAAAGUCAUCGCUUACUUUAGCCCUUUUCCGUAUCAUCGAAAGUUUCGAGGGUCAUAUAGAUAUCGAUUCUAUCAAUACCUCUCAAAUUGGUUUGGCUGAUUUAAGACAUAAGCUAUCUAUCAUUCCACAAGAUUCUCAAGUUUUUGAAGGAUCUAUCAGAAGUAACUUGGAUCCUACUAACUCAUCUACCGAUGAGCAAAUUUGGAAUGCAUUAGAACUCUCUCACUUGAAGGAUCACGUAUUGAAAAUGUUCCAAGAAACUGACAAGGAAGAGGGGAAGGAAGAAAUAGCUUCCGGUCUUGAUGUAAGGUUGAGUGAAGGUGGUUCAAAUCUUUCUGUUGGACAACGUCAAUUAAUGUGUUUGGCAAGAGCAUUACUUAUUCCAUCUCACAUUCUUGUAUUGGAUGAAGCGACCGCUGCAGUUGAUGUCGAAACUGAUAAAGUUUUACAAGAAACAAUCAGAACAGAAUUCAAGGACAGAACCAUCUUGACUAUUGCACAUAGAUUAAACACAAUUAUGGACAGUGACAGAAUUAUUGUAUUAGAGCAUGGUGAAAUUGCUGAAUUCGAUACUCCAAAGAAUUUACUCAAAAAGUCAGAUUCUUUGUUUUACGGUUUGUGCAAAGAAGGAGGUGUAGAUAUAGAUAACCUUUAG